AUGACUGCUAUCUUCCUGAUGUCCAUGCUUUUUGGCCUUGCAUGUGGGCAAGCAAUGGCUUUUUGUAUUCCAACUGAGUAUAUGAUGCAUGUCGAAAGGAAAGAGUGUGCUUACUGCCUAACCAUCAACACUACCAUCUGUGCUGGAUAUUGUAUGACACGGGACUUCAAUGGCAAGCUGUUUCUUCCCAAAUAUGCUCUGUCCCAGGAUGUUUGUACAUAUAGAGACUUCAUGUACAAGACUGUAGAAAUACCAGGAUGCCCACGCCAUGUUACUCCUUAUUUCUCCUACCCUGUAGCUAUAAGCUGUAAGUGUGGCAAGUGUAAUACUGACUAUAAUGAUUGUAUACAUGAGGUCAUCAAAACAAACUACUGUACCAAACCUCAGAAGUCCUAUGUGGUGGGAUUUUCUAUCUAA